GAUCCGCCCAAUGUUUUCCAGCCCACCCCCACCUCCCUGCAAACCCUUCUCCUCCCCCUCACGACCUCGCCCUCGCCCUCUCCCUCUGCCUCUCUCUCGCCCUCGCUCGCCCUCGCCCUCGCUCCCUCUGAUUCAGGUUUUAGCCCCCAGAACUUCUAGAUUUGCUUCAUUCGAGCCCGGAUCUGUACAACUGCUUAGUGUACCUUUCAGGCCCAAUCUCCUCAUACAAGAAAGUUACACAAUGAAUUUUGUGACUUCACUUUGUAGAAGAUCGAAUCUCAGUGAGCUGGUUAAAACCGUUACUGUGUACAGCAGUGCAAGUGAUGUAACUGGAGGAGGGCUUAGCUUGACAUUCAGGCGAUGGGCUACUAAAAAGACAGCCGGAUCCACAAAGAACGGGCGGGACUCCAAACCAAAGAAUCUUGGAGUGAAGAAAUUUGGGGGUGAGAAAGUAAUACCCGGGAAUAUCAUUGUUCGCCAAAGAGGAACCCGCUUUCAUCCAGGUGAUUAUGUUGGAAUGGGAAAGGAUCACACCCUGUAUGCAUUGAAAGAAGGCCUCGUCAAAUUUGAACGCCACAAACUGAGCGGGCGCAAGUGGGUGCACGUCGAGCCCAAGGAUGGCCAUAUGCUCCAUCCUGUCUACUCAACUGCUGGAGUUAAUGAGAUGAAGACAGCUGCCUGAAUUUUCUUUCCGUUUUCGUCUGGAAUUAGAUUUUCACUGUAACCAACCUUAACCUGGCUGAGUUUAUGGCACUCAAAGGUGCAGCCUGAAUUUUGUAGGCAAAUUGUGAUAAGAGCCUUUCUCUGGUGGGGGGAUGGUAUAAUUUUUUCCCACACCAUAUCCAUAUUUAACCAAAUGAUGUUAUGAUAAUAAAGAAACUAGGUUCUCUGCCUAGAUUAGCCAGCUAGGCAGUUGAAAAGCUUUAGUGUUGUGGCAUAUGCCCCGUUGCCUGUUCAGAUCAGACUCUCUUCAAGAUGGAUGAGGCUGCCUUUGUUUUUUUGGGGUCUGGGCUUAAGAAAGAUUUAAGGAAUAUCGGAAUAGAGACGCCAUGUUAAUGUGUUGUUAUGUAAAUUAUAAAUACAUUACAUUUAAAAUAGAAUUUAUCUUUGUCAUCCA